AACAUAGGCUUUGCAUAUUGAUAACAGGUUCCUGGGGAGUUCGCUAAAAAUAUUAAUAGAACUCGAUAUACACUUCGCCACAAGAGUUCGUGAUAUUCGUUUCUCAAGUUCAAAGCCGAACACCGGAUUUGAGCUUACGUGUUAUAAGGAACGAACCACUGCAGUCUAAUAGGGUGGAGCUGCAAGAAUUCGUAUCAACUCCGUAGUAAACCAGGACGCGAUCAUGGCCGGCCAAAGAGGUCAGAACACCCAAAGACGUUCCAGAGGACAAACAAAUGGGUUAAUGUCAAAUUUACUUUCGAGCAAGGUCAUGCAGGUGCUCCUGAUCCUCUGCAUUCUUUCAUGUGUUUUUUUGUUCUACAACUUUGGAACAUCAACUCAGACUUUCACAAAAGAAAGUAAAGCAUUCUACCGAGCAGAGAAUCAUCCAAUCAAUGUUAAAUCAGACCGAGAAGAGCAAAUUGCAGGAACUUUUGAAGGAAAGCAAGCUAAAGCAGCCAAGGACGUAGCCCAAAAACAUGCAGAUGAAUUCAAAAAUGACUAUCAUGUGUUGUUCAUAUUUGCCCACAAAAACCCAAAGCUUGAGAAAAAGUUCACCACUGCUUUUGGGUCAAUGUUUAAGCAUGCCAAAUUCAAUGAAAGAGAAACAUUUCAUUUGCAUUUCGUAUGUGAAAAAGAAGGCAAAGAGUUUGUGCAACAAUACUUCAAGGAACAUGUUUCCCAUCCAAAGUUUAAUUUAAAGAUUCAUUUUCAUGACACAAUAAAACUUGCUCGUCAAGUUCACCCAUUGGUGCAAGGAAUACAAGCAAUGCUUGGGAAUGACCAUCCUUACUUUUCUGAAACAGCCAUCUUUUUCCUAUCUAUGGUUUUACCAAACAUCAUGCCAGAGAAUAUCCACCGACUUGUGCAGUUGGACUUAGAUUUAAAGUUCGUAACAAACAUUCGUGACCUGUGGUCGGAAUUUGAUUAUUUUACCAAGGAUACUGUUAUUGGAAUUGGAAAUGAAAAUCAACCAGUGUAUCGACACCUGCUAUGGCAGUACCGAAAUGAAAACCCAAACACCAAAGUUGGAGAACCCUAUCCUGCUGGUCAACCAGGGUUUAACUCUGGUGUGGUUCUGCUACACUUGGAUAAUAUGAGAACUUCUAGUCUUUAUAAUUCAUAUAUGAAUGCAACUAAUCUGCAAAGGAUUGUUCAAAAGUACCACUUCAAGGGUCAUCUUGGUGACCAAGACUUUUAUACAUUAUUGGCUUUCGAACACCCACCGCUCUUCCAUGUCUUGCCAUGUGGUUGGAACAAGCAGUUAUGUCAAUGGUGGAAAGAUAAGGGAUACCAGGAUAUAUUUGAUCAGUAUUUUGACUGCAAGAGUGAAAUCAAAAUCUGGCACGGGAAUUGUGAUUCUUCAUUCCCAGAAUAGUGCUUUCACAUACCUUAACCUUCCUAAUCAAUCAGUCAAUGUAUUCAUAAGGAAAAAAAAAUUAGCAUUGUGGUUUGCACCAAGCAAUUAGUAAUAUUAUUGGUGCACUUUUUAAAUUUUUUUUGCUGACAUGCCUUCCUGCAAUUGUUUCAUUUACCUUAUAGGUGCCUUGUAAAAACAGUUAUACGUAGUAUCAUGUUUCUUAUAAGUAUUUCAUGCUUUUAUAACUUUUUACAAUCAUAUCGUUGAAGCAUUAACAUGCUUGUUAUUUGUAUACAGCAUACACUUUUACAAUGGAAAACAUUGUGGAUAAAGUCUAGAAUUUCCACUGCACCCAUUUUAUCUUUCAUUGCAAUGAAAUCAUUUUACUCAUUUUUUCCCUUCCACCAUAAUAAUGUGGUAACCAAACUUCGUUUUAACUGGCGGGUCCGUGUACUUGGGGGAUGCCAAAGAACUAACUGGCAAUGCAAAAGCAGCUUCUUGAAAUGGACCAACCAUGCUUCCACGUAUCAUCCAGCCCAAAUCACCCUAUACCAUAAAGAAACCCAUGUCUUCUGUUCAAUGCCGUAUUAUAACAGGUCCCUUUAAUUAGUGCAUGUCCACUAUGUCAGCAAUAUUCACUACAUAGUAGACAUAGUGUUGUGGAAUGUGGACAUACCAGACAUGCACUAAUUAAAGGGACGUAUUAUAACUAGCACUAACACACACUUACGCCGGACCUUGCUUUGUCCUCACUGUAUUGUUGAGCAACCUCAUUGAAUUUCAUUCCUGCCUUUAUCUUCUCCAUUGCUUCCAUGCACUUGGAGUGCUUUUCGCAAAGAAUAUGCCGCACCUAAAAAAACUACCAUGAGACCACCAUAACUAUAUUCUAAUAAUAAUUGCAAUAAAAGCAAGUGUUUUGUCACAUGACA